AUGAAAAAGGUGCCACGUGACGUGAGCACUAUUCUAUGUGAACAAACGUCGAACGAGAAUGGUGGUGGCGGAGGAGGUACCAAUUCCGAUUCGAACAAUGCUGUGGAGCCGUCUUCAGAUCAAAUGGCUAUGGAGUCUUCUGAAAGAGAGACACCGAGUCACGCUUACAACGGACCGCCACCGCCAGUGCCACCCCCUCAUAACAGGAGACAGAAUCCACCACACCUUCAGACGCAUCAUUCAUUAGGUAUGCCGAGAAUUCCCAACCAUCACCAAGUUCAUUCUAAGCCUUAUGCUCUUGGGCCACCAGUUAACCAUCUUAAGAACGAUAUUGGAUCUGGAUUCCGUGGACCACCUCCACAACAGGCACCUCCGACUGAUUCACAAACUGCAGCCAGUGAUAAAGUAUUUAGCGGCGCCGGAGAUGUGUGGCCAGCUCCCGCUCCUGAUAUGCCAAAAAUAGUCUCACUUGAUGUAAAGUGCGAAAAAAAUGCCAUGCGAGUGUUUCUCAGUUUCGAUAAACCUUUCUUUGGUAUUGUUUUUUCAAAAGGACAUUAUUCAAAUCAUCAGUGCGUACAUUUACCGCCUAAUUUGGGAAGGACUUCAGCGUCAUUCGAAAUUGGUGCCCAUGCUUGUGGAACUGCUGGCAGUGGAGAUCCAAGGUAUAGAGGCGAUGCCGCUGCUACUGGAACCUAUUUCGAAAAUGUAAUCGUAAUUCAGUACGAUCCUCAAGUACAAGAAGUUUGGGAUCAGGCCCGAAAAUUACGGUGUACUUGGCACGACCAGUACGAAAAGGCUGUCACGUUCAGGCCAUUCCCUGUAGACAUGCUUGACGUAGUAAGAGCAGAUUUCGCUGGAGAUAAUGUAGGUUGCUGGAUGCAGAUUCAAGUUGGAAAGGGACCUUGGGCAUCAGAAGUAUCUGGAUUAGUAAAAAUAGGCCAAACAAUGACUAUGGUGUUAGCUAUUAAAGAUGAUGACGCAAAAUUCGAUAUGUUAGUAAGAGAUUGUGUAGCACACGAUGGCCAACGUGCUCCUAUACAAUUAGUUGAUAGACGUGGUUGCGUAACUCGUCCUAAGUUGAUGUCAAGAUUUACAAAAAUAAAGAAUUUCGGCGCUAGUGCAUCAGUAUUAUCUUAUGCUCAUUUCCAAGCCUUUAAGUUCCCCGAUUCUAUGGAAGUCCACUUCCAGUGUACAAUUCAAAUUUGCAGAUAUCGCUGUCCUGAACAGUGUUCCGACGGUGGACACAAUUUAAUAGCACAGCAUGUAGAGUACGGCCCCCCACAAAUAGAUGCUUAUUCAGUUGGCGCAGAAAUCAGAAGAAAUGAACGUAGAGUCCGAAGACAACGUCGCGCUACAUCACCUGAGAAAGAAGUUGGAGUAAAUAGAGUUAUACGAGUUGUGUCAGCAGGUGACCUGAAUAUGGAUUCUUCUGAAGAAAACUCUAUACCUAAAAUUGUUCCAACUCCUGGGCUAGUUUGCAUGACAACUCCAGGAUUUGCAGUAACACUUGGUGCUCUUCUUGCUACACUAAUAUGCUCGUGUGCAGUAUCAGCAAUAUUGUUUUUAAAAUUGAGGCCUAUAACAAGUCUGAGGAAGAAAACAGCUGCAACCACAACAACAAUCGCUCGUCCACAUGCAUCCGCUGGACCUCAUGUAAUCUCAAAGAGUCGAUUUUACUCAUAA